GAGGGAGUUGCGUACCGUUGCCCAGCUUCGCGCAUGCGCACGUCGUUUCUUUACCGUUCCUUGGGACACAAACAGGCUGCUGUUGUUUUCUCCUUGCAGCUGGGGGCAGGAAGAUGCCGGGGAAGUUGAAGGUCAAGAUCGUGGCUGGGCGCCAUUUGCCAGUGAUGGACCGAGCCAGUGACCUGACUGAUGCCUUCGUGGAGGUAAAAUUUGGAAAUACCACAUUUAAGACAGAUGUGUACCCCAAAUCCCUCAAUCCUCAGUGGAACUCAGAAUGGUUUAAAUUUGAGGUAGAUGAUGAAGACCUACAAGAUGAGCCCCUGCAGAUCACGGUUCUUGAUCAUGACACCUACAGUGCUAAUGACGCCAUUGGCAAAGUGUACAUUGAUAUUGAUCCUUUGCUCUAUAGCGAGGCAGCUACAGUUAUCUCUGGAUGGUUUCCAAUUUAUGAUACCAUACAUGGUAUCCGUGGGGAGAUCAAUGUGGUAGUGAAAGUAGACCUCUUCAAUGAUUUAAACCGUUUUAGGCAGUCAUCUUGUGGAGUCAAAUUUUUUUGCACCACAUCUAUUCCAAAGUGUUAUAGAGCUGUAGUAAUUCAUGGAUUUGUGGAAGAGCUGGUUGUUAAUGAAGACCCCGAAUACCAAUGGAUAGACCGAAUCCGUACACCAAGGGCAUCAAAUGAGGCUAGACAGAGACUUAUUUCACUAAUGUCAGGUGAACUUCAAAGGAAGAUUGGCUUGAAGGUACUUGAAAUGAGAGGGAAUGCAGUUGUUGGUUACUUGCAGUGUUUUGAUUUGGAGGGAGAAUCUGGACUAGUAGUACGAGCCAUAGGAACAGUCUGUACCUUGGAUAAAAUAAGUAACACAGCAUUCUUACCUGCAUGUAAUUCCCCAUCUAAAGAAAUGAAGGAGAUUCCUUUCAAUGAAGAUCCCAAUCCCAAUACUCAUUCAUCAGGACCCUCCACCCCUCUGAAAAACCAAACCUAUUCCUUUUCACCUUCCAAGUCCUACAGUCGACAGUCCUCUUCUUCUGACACAGAUUUGAGUUUGACACCCAAAACUGGAAUGGGCAGUGGGAGUGCUGGAAAAGAAGGGGGACCAUUUAAAGCUCUAUUACGACAACAGACGCAGACAGCUCUGGAGCAAAGGAAAUAUCCCUUUGAAUUUCUGGUCUCCUUCCCCGCAACAUUGGUACUCCAUGUUGCUGGACCUGUCUCUGCCAGACAGGUUAAUAUUUUGGACUUAAUUCACAAUUCAGAUGAACCAGAGACACGAGAUGCGUGGUGGGCAGAAAUCAGACAAGAGAUAAAAUCCCAUGCCAAGGCAUUGGGUUGUCAUGCUGUAGUGGGCUACAGUGAAUCAACUAGCAUUUGUGAAGAGGUCUGUAUUUUGUCCGCGUCUGGCACAGCAGCUGUACUGAACCCUAGAUUUCUCCAGGAUGGCACCAUGGAAGGCUGUUUGGAACAAAGGUUAGAAGAAACUUCACCUCCAGGUUGUGGAUUUUGCCACAUACCAUAUGAUGAACUGAACAUGCCAUUCCCUGCUCAUCUCAUAUACUGUUACAACUGCAGAAAACAAAAGGUUCCUGAUGUUCUUUUCACAACAAUAGAUCUGCCUGCAGAGGCAAUGGUUAUUGGAAAGGGAUGUCUUAUUCAAGCCAGGUUAUGUCGCCUGAAAAAGAAAGCUCAAGCUGAAGCAAAUGCAACAUCCAUCAGUAAUCUGUUGCCAUUUAUGGAAUAUGAAGUACACACCCAGCUAAUGAAUAAACUUAAAUUGAAAGGAAUGAAUGCUCUGUUUGGUCUGAGGAUUCAGAUUACAGUGGGUGAGAAUAUGCUGAUGGGCUUGGCAUCUGCCACUGGUGUGUAUCUGACAGCUUUACCGACCCCUGGUGGUAUUCAGAUUGCUGGGAAGACUCCAAAUGAUGGCGCCUAUGAACAGCAUGUUUCUCACAUGCAAAAAAAAAUAAAUGAUACAAUAGCAAAAAACAAGGAACUUUAUGAGAUUAACCCUCCUGAGAUACCAGAGGAAAUCAUAGGGUCUCCCUUUCCAGAACCAAGACAGCGUUCCAGGCUGCUAAGAUCUCAGUCAGAAAGUUCUGAUGAAGUUAUGGAACUAGACCUUUCACAUGGGAAAAAGGAUGCUUUUGUCUUGGAGAUUGAUGAUACAGAUGCAAUGGAAGAUGUACAUUCUUUACUGACGGAUGUUCCACCACCUCCAGGUUUUUACAGUUGUAACACAGAAAUUAUGCCUGGCAUAAAUAACUGGACUUCUGAUAUACAGAUGUUCACCUCAGUAAGAGUAUCCAGGUUAAGCAACAUUAACCUGACAAAUCAAACACUUAACAAGAACUUUAAUGAUCUCUGUGAGAAUCUGCUUAAGAGUCUAUAUUUCAAGCUGCGAUCUAUGAUUCCCUGCUGCCUUUGUCACGUAAAUUUUACAGUGGCUCUUCCAGAGGAUGAAGUAAUUCAGGUCACAGUCACAGCGGUUGCAAUAACAUUUGACAAAAAUCAGGCUUUACAAACCAGUAAAGUCCCUGUAGAAAAAACAUUGCAAAGGGCCUCUACAGACAAUGAAGAGCAGCUACAAUUUCCACUGGAACUUUGCUCUGAUCCUCUUGUUUCUCAGCCAUUCUCACCAGCUAAAGAGGUCCUGGAGAAUGCAAGUUCCCACACAGGUAUACCAGCUGCACAGAGAGCAACGUCAGUUGAUUACAGUUCCUUUGCAGACAGAUGCAACAGCUGGAUAGAGCUCAUUAAACUGAAAGCUCAGACCAUAAGGCGUGGAUCAAAUAAGACAACUGCUUCUCUUGACAAAGCAAGUCCACUGGCUGAAGGACACUUGCGUCACCGUUCUGUUCCAUCAUGCACCAAUUCUACUGUCUCGGUUGUUAAGAUGACACCUCUUUCUUUUAUCCCUGGGGCAAAAAUAACCAAGUAUCUUGGGAUAAUCAACAUGUUUUUUAUUCGAGAAACCACUUCUUUACGUGAGGAGGGCGGUGUCAGUGGCUUUCUCCAUACUUUCAUUGCUGAAGUGUUUGCAAUGGUGAGGGCACACGUUGCGGCUUUAGGGGGGAAUGCAGUUGUCUCGUAUAUAAUGAAACAGUGUGUUUUCAUGGAGAACCCCAACAAAAAUCAGGCACAGUGUCUAAUAAAUGUCAGUGGGGAUGCAGUGAUUGUUGUACGUGAAUCUGAAUUAGAAAUGGUACCAGUGCAACCAUCUGCUGCUGUCUCUCAACCUGCAAGUGCUGGAGAUGUCACGACAUGAAGCCAGAAGAAGUGGAAUGGCCCUGCCCAAAGUAAAAAGAUCUCUGCAAAAUGUGGGAGUGUUUAGCUUUACCUCUUCAAAAAUCAGUAAUUCUCCAAAAUAUUACAGUCAGCUAAAUCUAAGACAAUCACUAACCUUCGUCCAUCAACUUUACAUAAUAGCCAGGGCAACGUUUUAUUGGCAAGUACCCUGUAAUUCCAUUUUUUUAAUUACUAGCCUCUGUGAAAUCUUGACAGAAGAUGAGGCAUUGAUCUAAAGGAAUUCCAUAGAGCUCCUGAAAUAAAACAGGAACUUACUUGUGUCUUUUCUUUAUGUAGUUGUUUGACAAGGCCAGAACAAAUAAUAACUCAAACAGUAUCUGAGUCUGAUAAUGCUUGUUCAUUUUAAUUUACUCUUAAUUAAUUUAAGAAACAAAAACUGGAAGAUAAUUAAGAAACUGGAAUCAGCUGCCUUUGAAUGAGCAAGAGAUCAUGACUGGUUUAAAAAAAUAUAUUACCAAAUAAGCAAUUGUCUGAUGUGAAGUCUGUAAUGAGCUUUAGUUCAUGGAACUUUGAGAGGAAAAAAGCACGAGAAAUGACUGUCUGAACUUAGCAGCAUGCUAAAAUGUUUUUCAGCUGUUUGUGAACUAGUGAAUAUUUUUAUUGUACAAUUUUUUUUAUUUUAAAUGUUCGAUGUUGCUGCUUUGUAAGCAUAUCUAUGGUAAAACAAAAUAAAUUAUUAUAUCUGGUUCAGGUAUUAUAAGUUUAUUUCAAUAUUAACAUUUGUACAAUGCUUUUUUGGGGGCAGGAGGAGAGAGUCUGCAAAAUAAUGUCUUAACCUACUGAAGUCCAGUUUUUUAGGGCAUGAUCUUGCAAUAUUGAUAUAGACAAAGUCAGAGAGACAGUCACCUGCAUAUAUGGAGGCAGAAUUAGGCCCUCUAUAUUUUGCUAUUUGGAAAUGCCUGGCUAAGUUGGGUAAAAGAACAGUUAAAAUAUUUUUAUGACAUUAACUUCUGCAAGUCAGGUUUCCUUUCACAUACUAUAAUUGGGAGAUGAUGGGUACUGCAGGAAAAGGAAACAAUCCAUUUCUAGCAAAUCUUUUGAAGACUUUGGUAGAAUAAUAUAAAGACUGACUCUUUAGAUUUGAAGACAUGUUCAUGGAAAUAUGUGUUGACAACAUCUAAUAUGGAACUUGAAUAAAUGUGUAAACUUGAAUGUAAAUAUUCUGUGUAGUCAGACCCAAAUAUCCCAUUGUAUAUGAGCAUAAAAAUCAUAUUCCUCCUUUGUACAAUAAAUUUCUGUAUAAAACCA